AUGCUGAGUAUGGCGUGGCCGUGCGAUGCGCGAGCGUACAUCGACGUGAGAGAGCUGCAGGCAGCGCUGGGUGCUCUGCGGCAAGUUGUGGCGACCAUCGUGACCAAGGGUCGCAGCAGCAGCCGCCACUUGCAGCCAGCGCCGAGGCGCUGGAUGGUCAUGGUGAUCGCGGCGGACGUGCGCCCGCUGAUCGGCUGGCAUCGCACAGGCAAGCGACACCGUUGCGGGCGUGAGCUCCCCGUCGCCCGAGCGCUGCUGAAGGCCAAACGGCGAGCGGAGCCCACAGCGCGGGCGCUGCCGUUCACGCCCGACAUCGCCGCGGCCAUGGCAAGCCUGGCGGCGGAGGCCAGAGCACUCGACUUGAGUUGCCUGCUGCUCAGCAGCUCUGAGGGCCUGCUAUGGGGUGGCGAGGCCUUUGCGGACCACGCAGGCAAGGAUGCCAUGGAGGCCGUCGUCACAGGUCAGCGGUCGCCCGUGCAGCUCAGAAUCGCGCUCGGCGCCCUCGCGCACGGCCCGGCGCCUCGGACUUUUCCUGCGGUCGCCACGCUCGCGAGGGGCAGGUGGGCCUGCAGCAUGACGGCCCGCGUCUACAUCGAGAUUGCGGGUCCGUGCGCCGCUUGGCAAGCGUGCACUGUGGCGCGGUUCCUGAAGGGGUGCUGGAUGGAUUCCAUGGGCCUCAAGCACUACCGCCUCAGCAUCUCGUGGUCGCGCCUGGUCCCCACGGGCAAGGUAUCAGACGGCGUUAACGAGGAGGGCAAGAAGUUCUACAGCGACCUCAUCGACGCCCUGCUGGCGGCGGGGAUCACCCCGUACGUCACCCUGUAUCACUGGGACCUGCCGCAGGGCCUUCUCGACCCCCCGCGCGCGAGCGCAUGGUGGUCCCGCGACGCCGACGGGCGGCCGAGCGGCGAGAUCGUGCCCGACUGGCUGGCGUACGUUGAAGUCUGCUUCUCCGCCUUCGGCGACCGCGUGAAGCACUGGAUCACCUUCAACGAGCCGUGGUCGUUCACGUUCCUCGCAUCAGGAUACGGGGCCGCGCCGGGGAUCGACGCCUUCAGCAACCAGGUUGUGGGGAAGGCCUGCCCCGAGACAGCCUCAGCGACAACCAACGGCGGAGAAAGACCAAGAAGUGUAUCCAGCGCGUCGCCUUUGCUACGGACGCUCGACUGCCUCGGCCUCCCCCGCUACUUCGCGUCCACCAGCGGCGGAGACACCAGACCGACCGACGCCUGCGCCGUGCGAGACUUGUGCCAGGAGGCCUUUGACAUGUACAAUUCCAUCGCCGACACGGAAACCACGGAUUGUGGCAAAAGAGCAAUGGCCGCCAACGUCACGCAAGCAGAAAGGGAAUUGGGCCGCACACUGGUGCAAAUGCUGACUUCGCGGCACCACGCGGUGGGCUUGCACACCCGUGUCAACGCAUUGCUGGGCAUGGAGCUCAUAGAUUUUCGCGAUACACAAUGCAUGAUCUGCGAGAAUCGCACUUUCCUGCGGGGGUCCCACCUGCGCACGAAGAUGGCGACAGACACCUGGCUCGACCUGCUGCGGCCGUCGCGCUGGGUGUUGGAGAAGGCAUAUCUUGGCAGCGCAAUGCCGCAGCUGGAGCAGGGGGUAGGCGGGGCGGAGUUCAGGCGACACAUUCCUGGGGCAAACGGCGCCCAUUGCAGCUGGGAGGUCGAUCGCAGGAUGGGCGUGCAGCCCCCGCCAGCGCAGCGCGGCAGUCAGUCACCGCUGCUGGGAUCCCAGUCAGUGGCCGCCGACCAACGAAAGCCGUCCGGGGAGGUGUCCUCGCAGCGCGUGCUGUCCGCUCUGGCGGCGCGCUCGCGGGAGCCGAGCCGCCCGCACGGGGCGCGCAGGCGGCCGCCUCCCUGCCGCGCUGGGGGCCGGCUGCCGGGCCGGGGGCGGCCCGCCGCCGAAGCCCGGCCAGCGACGGGUGCGGAGGGGCAGGUGGUGCAGAGGUGCGAGCACGUGCCCCUGCGCGAGGAGCCCCGCGAGGGCGCGCAGCCCGCCGCCGCGCAGGCCCUGGCCGCCCACGCCCGGCGCGCCGCGCUCCUGCGCUGGCGGCGGGGCGCGGCGCGGCGGCGCGCCGCGCUCUUCGACGCCGGGCUCCGCGCCGUGGCGCUGCGGUUCCGGUGGGCCCUGGGGCGCUGGGCGAGGGGCACCGUGCUUACGCUGAGCCAUUACGGAAAUAUUCUGAACGCGCUACUGGCUGGGGUUCAGCAGGCGAUGGUUUGCUUUUAUACGUUGACAGCUUACUCAGUAAUUGCUCUCCCCGUACUGAGCUUCGGAGCGAAGUUGGACGGCCCUCCCCCUGACUGGGAAAAGACGGAGGUCGCGGCAAUUCGCAAGCUUUUCCUCCGGCCUGGACAGUGGUGUUGCCCUGAUGAUCUGCGCUGUCUGCAGCUGUUGGGCUUCCCGAAAUCUCUGCCAGACCUCCGCGUGCGACCGGUGGCAGCGCAGUGCAGAGUGGCCCAUCUGGAAGCGAGUGGUCAAGGCGGCCUCCGGGCCACCGAGCGCGGGCACAUUGGUUUGAUCGCGCUGUCGUGGUGCAGCUCCACUCAGCGACGGAGCGAUGCCGUGCAAAGGGCGCUGCGCGGAUAUCCAUCUAAGCUGUCACUGACCGGAGGCGCGCCCCGUCCACGUCCUCGGGAGAUAGACGCCGCCACCCGCCGAGGCUUCCAGCGGGCGGCGUGCCGCAUGACUGAGCCAGACGGUCGGGCUGCGUGCGGGCGCGCAUGCAUCAUCACGCACAGCUGCGGCGGUUGCCGUGCAAUCCCGAGACCAUCGGCGAUCGUGCGGCAGAAAUUCUACAGGCGCUGGCCACGGCGGCGCCGCCGAAAGUUUGGGCAGCCAUGUUGCAGCACCUUCUGGAAGGGCUGGUGCACGAAACGCCAGAUGGAGCAGAUCGGCCGGACUGGGUGCAUUUUCGGCUGCGCAGGGGUAGACGAUUCGAUCGAGCACUGCGCUUGCUACCCAGCGGACCAGCUGCUUGACUUCUUGCUGCUCGACCAGCCGCCAGGCAGCCGCACGGCCUCAGAUCUGAUUCGGCGUGCUCUCCGCGCGGCCGCGGUGCACAAGGUCCACAAUUUUCGCAGGCGCGCGACCAUCUGCACGGCAUCGAUGGCGAGAGAAGCGCUGCUCCAGGCAGUCGUCGACCUGGUGGCAGGGCACUUGCAGGCGACCCGGGCCUUGGGCGCUGCGGGGCGCCGCUUGCCCUGA